GGUGUCCUCUUCCUUGGGUCAAGGAAUUCAUUGUUUAGGUUGGAUGUGAUGCGAAUGUGCCAGAUUGGCGCGUGAGCUCUUGUCGCGGUGGUUUGCAGCCGUUCCUUUUUUUCAAUGUGUGCCCCUUGAAGUUGUUUCAUUCGACGAUUGUCAACUUCUACGUCGUGUUCAGCGUACGCCUGCCGUGCUGCACGACCAUGGGUUACGAUCUUUGCCGUUUUCAAGGCGACGUCGAUGAAGAGUUGAUCUGCCCGGUUUGCUCAGGUGUUCUUGAGGAACCCCUACAGGCACCACAAUGUGAGCAUGCCUUCUGCCAAGGCUGCAUCUGUCAGUGGUUGUCAAGACAGCAGACAUGCCCUGUUGACCGGCAGUCCAUCACUGCAGCACAGCUUAAGCCCGUGCCACGCAUUCUGCGAAACUUGUUGUCCAGGCUCCAAAUGUCGUGUGACAAUGCCCAGUUUGGCUGUAGUGCCAUUGUCAAGCUUGACUGUCUGACAUCACACCGAGAAACUUGUGAGCACAACCCUCGGCGACUAGUGCCAUGCGAGCAGGGCUGUGGCCUUGUUGUUCCAAAAGAUGAACUGAAGGAUCACAACUGUGUGAAGGAGCUUCGAUCACUGGUGCAGUUUCAGCAACAAAGGCUCAAUGAGUUCCAACUGGAGAUCAGGGAACAGGGGCGAGAGAUCAGCAUGCUCAAGGAUUACAUCAGAUCCAUACGGACAUUCAGCUCCCCCCUGCCUCCUGCUUUGGACCCCCUAGUUGAGCAAGAUGAAGUCAUGGGGUGGGCAGGUAAGCUGCAGCGAGCACGAGUCACACGCUGGGGCAGCAUGAUUUCCACACCGGAUGCAGUGCUUCAAGCCAUGGUAAAGCGUGCCCUGACUGACAGUGGCUGCCCCCAGCACAUCCUGCAGAUGCUUAUUGAGAAUGCUCAUGAACGCCGCUGGCCUCCAGGGCUAAGCACACUUGAAACACGCCAAAUGAAUAGACGUCAUUACGAGGCCUACGUCUGCAAGCGCAUCCCGGGCAAGCAGGCUGUUGUAGUGGUAGCGUGUGAGAAUCAGCAUAUGAAUGACGAUAUGGUGCUUGAGCCGGGCCUAGUCAUGAUCUUUGCUCAUGGCAUUGAGUGAACAUGUGCGAGGCUGUUGUCAUGGGUGUGGUUGAUCUGGCUGUAGUAAGUUUAGCAGAUGAUGUACUGGCUAGGUUAAUUAGUGAAGCUCUAUUGAGAAACUUUGCUGUUGUUGGUAACAUUACCACGAAGGGUGUUCAGCCUCACAGCGUGCCACUUUCAGCUGCUGCCUUGUUUUUGUGGGAUUUAGCAAACAGAAGCAACGUGAGCUUCAGUACCUAAAUGUAUGACAAGUACAUAUAUUCAUUUUAUUGGAACAAACCGAAUGCAAAGACAAAGUGCUAGGGUGUGGCAUUCAGCUGUGGCAUUUAGCUAGGUAGCUAGCUAGCUAGCUAGCUAGCUAGCUAGGUAGCUAGCUAGCUAGCUAGAUAGAUAGAUAGAUAGAUAGAUAGAUAGAUAGAUAGAUAGAUAGAUAGAUAGAUAGAUAGAUAGAUAGAUAAAUAGAUAAAUGGAUAGAUAGAUAGUUCAGCAUAGUUGUUUCUGACGAAAUAACGGAAAAAAACAAGUAUGGGUGACUGAACUUCCCAAGAACUUUGCCUCCACUAAGAGGCUCACUAAGGAAAACAAGUAACAUUAAGACGCAUUUGAAGCAUUGUGUGACCCGAAAAAGUUUCCACAUUACACUCGUUGGGCAUGUGAGGGAUACGCUCCGUUCUUAAUCGCUUAACGGCGAUACUUUAUCAUGCGCCUAGUAAGAUGGCUGCCACAGCCGCCAUCUUGCCAAAGGCACAACUUCACUCCUAGGCGAUGAUUUUUACUCUAGCAAUUAAAAAAAAUCCUUCGUGGUCAAGACAUGAAUAAUGUCACAAUCCCAUUGCGCACUUCCCGGCAAGCAGUGGCACAUACCCAUGGGUGGGUAUGUGCCUCUGGCAUGCGGGUAUGUGCCGCAGGUGUUUGACACUUGCGCAGGUGUUUGCCACUUAUCUGCCCAAGAACGACGAGAAUAUACUGGAGUAAUUUUAAGGCGCGAGCGUUAAGAAGUACCCGACAUCGGUAGCGUCAACCCCACGAAUGCAGAGAAUAAAUGUCAGGGUUCUAGCUGGAAUCGAACGCAAGCAUUUUGCGUGGCAAUGAAGCAUUUUACCACAGAGCUACGCCAGGUCUCGAAGCUACUUUUCAAAUAGAUGCUAAUCUUCAUGAAAUGUCAAUAGUGGUUGCAGUGCUGCCUACACAAUUUUAUAAACAUUACAUAUGUACUCCUUUGAUACAGCCGUCACGUCGGGUUAACGUCAAUUAUGAUUAGUUGCCACGCGCUGAAGUUGAUUUAUGUAGCAGUGUCCAGGGCCAGCAUCCUCGCUAGCAUCAGCGCUUCAUAUCAGCUUCUGGUGUUGUUAAGACACAUGUUCCCGUUGUCGUCGUUGCACAAGUGAAAACAACUGGUUAUAUAAACAUCUGCAACUCUUCAACAUAUGUGUCUGUGUGCAACAUUUGUACUUAUAUUUGGCGUCAUUUCAUGACGUGUCGCUCAAAAAAAAAAAAAAAAAAAAUCCAACACUGUCACCUUCCCUUCGCAGGCUUCGUAUAACGUCGAUUCCCAGGUACGUGGGAUCUGCUGAAUUUUUAAAACUAGAAACUGAUAAUGUUUAGUGUGACAGAAUUUGCUAUGUUUUUCGGUUGAAAAAUGUCAUUGAAGUUUUCGAACUGAAUUUUCGGAGUAGGCAUUGCAGGGAAGAACUAUGCCACCAGUGCAAGUGCACAAAUUGCUGGAGUAAGCACAAAUCGUAAGUUCGCAUACACUGCGAAUUCCAUCAGACAGGCUGAUUCAUUUGUUUAUAUUUAAAAAAAAUGGGUAAAUCAUGAUGUGCUGACGUUGCGAGAAGCAUGCAACGUGUUGCCCACGGGUUAUUGCUGUGUUCCAGUGAAGCACUUUUUUUUUUCUGCAGGCAGCAGCGUGCUGGGAUGCUUGGCCUGUCACUCAUUCGUAUCGCUACACUUUAUUGCCUUGCAGUUCUUAAGGGCCGUCAUUUAUGCGGAUUUGGGGCGAAAUUGGGGUCGGAAUGGGUACACGACACCCUAAGUUUUCUAAGUAACUGGGCAUGUGCUGACCGUCGCUUCAAAUUAUCCAAUUCAACUUCCUAUGCUAAAUGUUGGACCGCAAAAAUCAUUGAAAAAAUUGAGGUUCACUUAUUUACUUGAAUGUAACAAGAAGGAUGACUCUCCAGUCAUGUAAAAUAGACAUGCUUUGACUGUGAACAUGAAACGAUGUCAAUGGAAAAAAAAAGAAGUAUCUUUAUUCACAAGAAUCACAAUUCAGAAGAAUGUUCAUUGAGAGAUCAUUCAUAAUUUGAGAAGCUUUCUUUGGCUGCAAUCUUCAGGCAACAAGUAGAGGAGAUAGUUUCUUUAUUCGCUUCGAAAGUGUGCUGAACUGCUCCUUUCUCAUGAUCAAGACCCAUAGCAGGACUGACAUGACAUCACUUGCAUAGGAAAUGUUGCAAAAGUUUUAGCAAUGUCGGACCACAUUAAAGUGAUGUACUAGGCACGGUGACUAACCCACAGUUCCGCUGCUCCAGGCAAGCCAAGAGAGCUUCGACUGUGAACCUACACCCAUUUUUUCGCGGUGUAUAGUUGAACCACUUCAUAAGAGAUAUGCACCAGGCAGCAAUUCUGGUCUUUUAUAUGAGAUGUCUCUUAUAAGCAUGGUACCACGUAUACAUUUUCCUAUCAAACCGUAUUUUACUGUAGGCACGCUGGUGUCUCUUAUACCCAUUUGUCUCUUACAUCAGUGUCUCUUAUAAAGGGGCUUGGCUGUAUAACCAUACUAGCCAAACUUGCACGCAUCUUACUAAGUGCUUCGCAUGAUCAUGCGAAUCUUGGAAGGUGACACUUGCAAAUUUUAAUCUGUACGCACACUUUUCCUUAGCAUGCAGUGUUGCCGUAGCUGUAAAUGUGAGACGAGAUAGGUACGGCCACCUGCCGCACAGAAUGGUUGAUCCAGAAAUGCCAUGUAUUAUACUCUUCUGCCAAUUUCAAUUCUCGGCAGUGAUGUAGUUAUUGAUGCAUUGCUUUUUUUCACUAUUUUUACGCCACAGUAACUCGGCAAAAACAAGGAAACAUUUAUGGUAAUGGUUGCACGAAGCAUCACAAUAUGUCUGAAUCAUCGUCCAUUAACCUGGUACUCCGAAAAGAUCUCUGCUUAUAUCGGAAUUCUGUAUGCGCUAAUAUCCUCUAUUAGAGAGUUUUAGUGAGUUUUGAUGGCAUCUGGACACUUGCUCACUUGUAUGUGUUAGAUCAGACAAUGCAACACUGCAUGCGUCAGUUUUGUGGGCUCAUGUAUUGAAGCUUACAGAAACUGAAAGUAAUUCUUUUAAAUAAGGCUAUACUAAACUGCCUAGGGAGAAUAUGUGAAUGUUGGGGUGUGUAUCCUACUUCUAGAUAAAUAAGAAACAUUUGCAUCAAUGAAUGCACUAGCGUCAAAGUUGAUGUCGCCACACCUUUAAAAGUUAAAAAAAAAAGUGUUUCUAAAAGACAUUUUGUGUGUUUAAGCUGAUUCAGUGUUUCUUUUCACUGUUCCUUUCUCAGUAAUUUUCAUUCUGUAAAUGGCUCACAAGGCAGAUUUGAAUUGUUAUUGAUUCUACGCUUGACAAAUGAUAUAGUUUGGACGUCGCUAUACAACCUCCUCCUUCACAAAUGUGUAACUGGGAUUUAAAUUUUAGAACCUACUGUUGUUGGCAAAGUGCCUUCUUGGCCUUCCACAUGCUGUUUAGCUUCAAUGAAGCAAUCUUCGUCGACUUUCCACGAAACCAGUGCUGGUUAAGUCUAGUGAUUCAAUGUGGGGUCUUAAUGAAUGGCCAGUGGUAAAAUAUUGAGCCACCGUAUGCAUAUCACUAACUAUAAGGUGGCUGCUGAGGAAAUUUGGGUUUGCUGGUGGCUGGCUGGCAGCUGCUGUAAAUGCGCAAGUUUGGCUGAGAGUCCUUCAGAGGAGAUGUUGAAAGUUGACAUGUAGGCAGACAGCACUGAACUGAAAUUGUCCAGCAUGAAUAGGGAUUCACACGCCAGACACUAUUGUGGAUUUAAUGAAGCUAAAUUUCAAGUAGAUACCUUGCUGAAACGAAGCAAGGAACUUCUGUAGUCAGUUGCUUUAUUUGAUAGUUCUAGUCUUCUGCGAAACAGGUUACUGCUUCAUUUGUUAGGUGCAGUAGCUUGCCUUGUGAAAGGCAAAGCAUGCAAAUUUGCCUCUGUUGCACACUUGAAUUUGCAUCUCUUGCCAUUCAGGUUUUUCUGGUUGACUGUCUCCCAUUGAAAAAGGUUUGUGUGACUGUGACAGUGAUUUCUGAUUUUAGGUAAUUAUUCUUAAGCCAAUUUUUGUGUUUUGAGGAGAAGUGUUCAUGUGAUAUUGGGCUGUGUCUUACUGUCUGUGGGCAUAAAUAAUAUUUCUCAGCUGUAUUUUCAUUCCCGUGUCAUAAGUAACGUCUGUGCUAUCAGCGGAAAUGGUCUGAAUUGCUCAUCUGGGUGUGGCUUUUGAACUUUCACUUUUUGUUCAUUUUAUUCUUUCUGAUAUGCCCUAUAUGUUUAGAAAAGCCUUUCCCAUAUUGGGUUGUAGAGGGGCAGUUUUAUAUGGAAUGUGGGUUGAGUGUCUGCAACACUGUGCUCUUGCGGAGACUGUAGCUAAGCAGCUGCUGGUUUGCAGUCGGAAUCUUGUUUUGUGUGAAGAGCAAGGUAGCUCACCUGUAUGCCGUUUGCUCUGAAAAAGCUGUGAUAGAAACCAGUAGAAUUGUAUUUUUGAGGGUCAAGAUAUUACAUUUGUAUAGAGAACGACUGAGCAACCAGCUUAGUUGGGUGCUGUGUUCUGGUCUCCUAGACUGCUUGUUCAUAUGUGUCUGCAUUGCUCCCGUAUUACAUGUAUGUAGUUUCUUUGCAAAUCAGUUGCCUGAAAGGCUUGCUAUUUAUUUUGCCCUGUUAGUCUGUGAGAGAAGAGUGCGAUCAUUAUGAUACUGUAGAUAGUACACUUUUGUCAUUGCCUCUUUCUCUUUUUUUGAUGUGUGCUUUCAUGUUUAAGGGGUAAUGUACAGCCUUCAUUGUUGGUGUUGCUACUUUUAUGAGCUCUGUGAGCCUCUUAUCUGCCUUCUGUAGUUUUUAUUAUUGCUAUUAAUAGUACUUGACAGCUUAUACUCUUCCAUGUUUCUUGCAGCCCCGGCAUUAUCAGUACGCACCAGGCUCAACAUUCCGUAUACUUGUCUUUAAGAUGAAUCUCUGGGUGGAUGUGUGGUUACUGCAUUUUCCUCCCUCAUGUGUUGGCGGUCUCCAGCGUACACGGUGUUUGGACAUGAUAGUACGUUUUCUCUCUGCUGAUGCUCCUUUUCUCAAUUCGACUCGUAUGUUUUUUGGGCUACUGAUGUCCGGUUAUGUCAGACUAUUUAUUGUGGAAGUAUAUUUAGACUAUAUUGUUCAUGUAUUAAAUUUCUUUUUUG